AUGGGAGUGAUAAAUGAGGACAAACAACAGACGGAUGUAAGCUGGGUAACAAGCCUGGUAACCCGUGCUCAUGCUGAAGGAUUGUCAUCAACUGAAUUCGGUGCUGUCUUGAAAAAGCGCAUAAUAACAUCUGGUUGCAAUGAACAGCAAUGCAGAGCCAUCGCUUCAAUGCUUCUUCGUUUUGCUACGGCAUCAGUGACACCUGAUCAACGAAUGCUUUCCUGUCUGGAAGCAUUGGUGAAAGCAGAGGUACUUCGAUGGGCUGUUUUCAUUGAAGUGAUCGCUGAGUUUCGGCAGUUUUCACGUGAAUACUGCAUUGAAGCUCUGGCAACGAUUUUACGGAAUUCAGUUCCAUUACUGAAGUGCAAUUACACAUCGGAGAAAGAAUGUUUGGAAUUGUCGGGAUCAUUGAUGACUGUUCUAAAUUGCAAGUUUGUUCGUGCUCUGUUGUACAUUCAUGAACACAUUGGCGCAGAAAGUGUAAAUUAUGUAGUCGAAGCUGCCGUUUCAUUUGCGCAAAGUUAUCCUGAUUGUGAGGAGUUGAAAACGAUGAUUGAAGCUUUGCAGCAAUUUGGUGCAUCACCAGCAGAACGAAUUGAAGACAAUCUUGGUGGCUUAGUCAAGCAGUCACACCCAGCAAUCCUGACGUUGGUUUCGGUUUUCGAAGGAUUCAGAAUGACGAAAAAAGUAGAUCAAAUGGCGGAUUUUUUUUUCGAACUUGCUGAAAUUCUUGAAUUUCCAUUUCCAAAAAUGUUCGAGGAUAUGAUACGGGCAUCCUUGCUAAUAAUGCUUGAUGCUAAAGAAUCAUUAGGUGAAGAGCUUGUAGCAUCACAAGCAUUUUAUUAUGUGAAACUUCCACAGAUUGUCAAACACCUGCUACUUCUUGGCGCUCCACUUGACGACUUGAUCACUGCACUGGAUACUAUUUGUGAUAAUAAAACACUUUUGAAUCAGGUAGAUAUGAAAACGAAAACAAAUACAUUCCAACAUCUACUAGAACAAAUGGCAGCAGCAGGUGUUAUCGAUGAGAGCGUUUUGAAAAAUUUGCUCGAAAAAAGAUCUCAGUAUUGGCCGGAGCUUUUCCAGAUGCUUGCACAAACUUCCACCACACCUGUACAUCAGCCACUUAUAUUGCGAGCAAAUUCAGCUAAAAUGGCUGUAGAUAAGAUAUUGAGGCAACCUAAUAAUGCUGUAAUAAAUGUACUCUUGAAACUUGCCAGUGGUAGCGGAGGACUUUUUACAUUUGAUUCUGUUUGUGCAUCAUUUUGUGCCGAUGGUAAUUUGACCUAUUUCAGUUCAAAACUUGCAAUGAUAAACGGACAAAGUGAACGACCAGCAGAGGGUUUGGAUAUGGAUGACGAACGUCAACGCGCUCUUGCUUUUAACCUUUCAUUUAUCUUACUAACCAGGAUUCGAUUCAUAUAUGAUGAUCUGCGACCCAGCGAGCUGGUAAAUGGGACUGUUCGUGGAAUGGACAAUACCCAGUCAUGCUUCUAUAAAUUUGCAUCACAGUACGGUUGGACAGCAGCUGAUAGUUGCAGUCUAUCAAAUGCUUAUACUAAUGAACAAAAGGCAACAUUUGUUGAUCGCGUUAAUAUGUUGAAACGUGCACAACCGUUCUGGGAUCCAAGAACAGUGAAUUAUGCUGAAUUGGUUGAUUUUGUACCAGUUAUUGGCGAGAUUCUUUUGGACGACUUCAGGAUGACGAAAUUUGAAAAUUAUGAGCAUCUUCAUGAAAAUAUUAAGAAUGUACUGCACGCUUUUCGAGAUGAUGCUAAUUUUAUGAUCGUUUGCUUAGUCCAAUGGAUGUGUUCACAACCUGUAACUAAUCCACGUCAGAGUCUGGUGAAAUCUUUCAUUCGAGCUCUCGAGUAUCCUCACCAGCUGAAUCAUACGCAACAAGAACGCAUGGUGUUGACAUCAGCUACUUGUCGCCGCACAUUAGAUGACCUUUCCAUUUGUGAUCGCUUGCGUGAUCCGAGAUUUACAUGGAUCAUAAAUUGUGCGAAGAGAAAACUGCCUACUGUACCAUUUACAUUACCAGCUACGAACGCUCAGUCAUCGGAUGCAGAAAUGUUGAAACAGGCAUUUACUUAUGCUCGACAACAAGCAUGGGGAUCUCCCAAUGUUUUGCAACUCGUUGACAGAUGUAACAAGGCUGGUGUUGUUGAGAACUGGUGCAUGGUUUGGUUAAAUGCGAUGCUAAAGUUGUCGACAAAUGAUGAAAUGUUGUGUGCUAGUGAAUUAUGUCUUGCUGCUGGUAUUAUGUCACCGGUGCCUUGCAUGCUGAGUUUUGCUCGAAGCAUCACUGAAUAUAUCUUUGAACAGAACGUCGAUUUUGGUUGCGUAGAGCCAAAAGCAUUAGUGUCUGCACGAUUCCUUGUGCACUGUUUGCAACUUGCUAUGCAUGCGUACUGGAGGCAGCAGAAAGAACGACAAACACGAAUUGUAAGAGGCGAUUGCGCAGAAAGGAAAAGAAGUGAUGAUGAUGACGAUGCCGAAGCCGACCAGGGAAAUCCUGUUGAACGUUCUGUUUUAGUGAUUUUUGAAAAAUUUGUUCGAGAGACUAGAGCUGGACAUUUGAAGAGUACAAUCACAUUUAUAUAUCACUUUGUGGUAUCGCUUGCUACUGCACCACAGAAUGCAGCUACUCGAAGAAUAAUUGAACUUCUGCCGCAUGAUCUGAUGUUAAAUUUGGCUCGUCUUGAUCCGCAGACUUUCAAUUUGGAUCUCUAUUUGCCACUCAUAAAUUUGUGUGAUGUUACCAGUACAAAGAGAGCGCUUCAAUUUACAUGUCUUUUAAGAAAACUUGGUGGUUUUUAA